UCUACCUUAGGGUGACUCUCGUCACUGACGGCGCCAGGGGUAACGGCGGCAGCCUUGGACUAAUCUACAACAGUCAGUCUGGACUGAGACUCGCUGUGCUCCGUCUUCAAUCCAGAAAGGCGGACAUUGUCAGCAAACCGCUACGCAGCAAUUGGACCGGCGAUGCAGCCAGGCCGCGGUUGAGUGUCUAGACCGCUCGGAACGAGUGAUGCUGAGUCAGUGGGCAUAUUGAAGCCUGAGGCAUAGUUUCCCGUCGCGCCAGACGCGUCUCUCGUCUCUCGUGUCUCGUCUCUCCCAACGACGAUCUUAUAACAGAAGCAGCGCAGCGGCUACGAUGCAGAUCUAUUGUCUGAGAAUACCUUACGAUCAUCAGAUGUCACGGCAUAGGUGACUUCUCGUCUCUUUGUCUCCUUUGGUGCAACUGCGAACCUCAGACCGGCUUCGGUCAGGUUAUUGCACGUAUCUACUGGACGACCGUUGUCCCUUCUGAAUAUCCCUCUCUGGGACAGAGCAAAGGAUCCAUGGGUUCCACGAGCGUGCCUCCUGACGCAGUCAUGGACAGAACAUUGCUGCUUAUCAACAUAUGCCAAUUUGUUCUGUCCUCGCGAUAACGGCUAUUGUGUCCGGCAAAGUGUGACCCACGCCCCCUCCGAGGCUGCGGUGGGCCGGCGGGCUGAGAUCGCGCCCAAUGGCAACCGUGAGAUCUAGAAACGGAGCCGGGCUUAUCUUUAAACAGCCUAGCGAAUUCAAUAAUACCGUUCGCUUUGGAGGUAAAGCACACUGUCGUCUCGAAGACGGGUUCAUUGUGCCGACCACUCGUUAAGCUUGACCUGUUUGACCUGUUUUCCCUCGUCGAGUCGACCGGCCCCUCCGAUUGGUUCGCUCCAAGAGCCCCAAGUGUUGGAAAUCAUCAAAAGGAUGCGAAGGUGGAUCGGUUGAUAUUUAUAUAGGGUCAGAAGGACUGGCAUUUCUCACGCUUGGCCCUCGACACCUUCUUUCCUCUCUUUGGCGAUGUCCUAUUCACUCAUUUGAUCCCCUGUCACUCAUUUACAAAGUUUUUUGUUUUUUUGUCACUCAUUUUUGGUCGUCACAUUGUUUCUGUCUGACCUUUCGAUCCUUCGAUCCUUCGAUUGACGAUGUUACAAUCGUGGGCCCCUUUCCUCCUCCUCCUCGCGACCCCACUGCUACCGGUGGUCUCUGGAACGGGACUGGAGGAGGUUGUGACCUGUACCUCCUUGGAUGCACUCGAAAAUGGAUCGUUUGAGGAUGGAUUCACCAACUGGGGAUUUGCCUCCGGCACCUCGGGCUCGGUCGUGAGUGGAAGUGGCACAGAUGGCUCCUCCUACCUCCAAGCAUCGGGUUCCCAAGUCGCCGCAUUGCUGAUCUACCAACGUCUCACAAAUUUGGUGGCGGGCAAUACCUACGCUAUCUCCUUUGACUAUCAAGCCAAACCCAACGCCGCCAAUAUCCUGAUGAGCUGCCAGAUGUCCAUGUACAUGGAUUCAUUCACGAAUGCUGGACGUCUCGCCCAGACCAGCUUCACAGUUUACGCGCAAACCGUUGGCUGGAGCACUUUGUCCGGCUCAUUCACCCCGUCCAGCUCUGGAACUCAUACCUUUGAGAUCUACGGCUACUGCACUGAUAGUUCCCGAGUGUAUGCGAAUGCGGAAUUGAACUUCGAUAAUGUGAAGAUUUCAGGGACCACGGCCACUUCGUGUACAACGGUGACUAUCACUCCCACACCCACACCCACACCCACACCCACGCCGACUCCCACGCCGACUCCUACUCCAACCCCAUCUUCGGCCGAUCUGUCGUCCAGUGUACCACUGUAUGUGUCAUCCGCCAUUGUGCGAUCUUCUUCCGCAUCAUUGGCCGUAUCUCGUUCUUCUUCGUUGGUGGUGCCUCACUCCAGCCCUCCGGUUGCGGCGUCGUCUUCGGUUGUGCGAUCAUCCUCCGCGUCUCCUCUUUCGCCAUCCCGGAGUGCUUCUUUGCAAAUUCCGCCGUCGAGCGCCGCUGCUUCGACCUCGACUCCUCUCAAGUCUCUCGGCAUAUCGUCCAUUCCUGUCCAUUCCUCAAAACCUUCCAGCACUCCUCUGAUUCACUCGACUCGAACCGCAGGUUCCCCGAAUGGAGGCCCAGCCUUCAGUGUUGGACGAAGCUCGACCCCUGUUCUCCCUUCGGCGACCGGACCCGUCGCUUCAUCUUCGGGCGUUGGCGUGACUCGUGUUUCUAGCUCCCAAAUAGCUACAGUUACCGCCGGUGCAGGUUCUGGUUCCGGUUCCGGCUCCGGUUCAGGCUCUGGCUCUGGUAAUAAUCAAUUCACUACCUCUACGAUCCUCAGCACUCGCACCGCCACUAUCACGGCUUGUCCUUCCAGCGUGGUAGACUGUCCCGCACGACAGAAGACAACAUAUCUUACUACUGAGACUAUUGUUGUCUCUACUACCGUCUGCCCAAUUACUGCUGCCGAGGCCACUCAUACCACAGUCUCUACCACUCUCAAGGCUGGUGCUGGUGCUGGUUCUGGUCCUGCCGAUGCAGGCUAUACUACUUCCACCAUUUUGAGCACUCGCACUGCCACUAUCACAGCUUGUCCUUCCAGCGUGACGGAUUGCCCUGCGCGUGAGAAAACGACCGAUAUCAUCACCGAGACACUCGUUGUCUCUACUACUGUCUGUCCUGUGGCCGCAGCCGAAGCAACCUCUACCUCAACGACUACGUCGGGCUCUGGCUCUACUGGUUCCAGCUCUGGCUCUUCUGCCGGUUCCAGCUCUGGCUCCGUCUCUGAUAGUGGUUCGAGCCUGAGCUCGAACCUCAUUUCUGAGUCCGGUUCCCUUUCUGGCUCCAUCUCCACCACAGUCUUGACUGUCAUCCAAGUGUCCAAGCCUACAACUCUUUCGACCAACCCCGUCGGUGUUGAAGCCGUUGGAACUGAGGUUCCCGACGUGAAAUUGGCUUCCGCCAUGUCGUCUAAAUCAAUCAUCACCAAGGCCUCGAGUUCCUCGUUCCUUCCUGCAUCCACCUCCUCUUCUUUGGUUAUUGGCCACGGCGAAUCUGGGUCAUCAACCGCAAGCUCCACUGGACCUGUCUACACUGGCGGCUCCAUGUCGCGAAACAGUAUCGUCUCGGGGGGCUUGUUUUCGGCCUGCUCAUUCCUUCUGGCUCUCAUUUUUGUUCUUUAGAUUAGAAGUUCUCUUAUCCAAGACUCCGGUCUCGAAGAUUAAUUUCUGUAUUUUAGAGAGGAUAUAUCUAUAAUUUCACAUUUGACUCAUCCUGGUCAAGUAUUGGAGAUCUUUGACCACAGUCAAAAUUAUGCUCAACAAGAUGCCUGCAACU